GAGAGGCUUUCAAGGCAGAAGUAGUCUUUAUCAAGGACUUCAUGGAGGGAGGAGCAGGAAACAUAACCCAACCAGAGACAAAAAGUCAGUGGAAGCCUUCACUGGAUCCCAUGAGCCUCUCUGACACCAAAGCCUCUCCUUCAGUCAGCUCUCAGUCUGAAAAUACAUCCAGUCAUUUAGCUGCCCUGACGGCCUCUAUGGAAACAGCUGCUGAUAAACACAAGGGCACUUCGCAGCAGCAGCGUCGCGAUUCCUCUGAACGUGCUGAGGUUAGCUUGGGUUGCUUUGUAAAUAGAGCGUCUGUGUCGGAAGACAAAAUGAGCCCCACAGACUCCACAGACCUGUUCCCCACACCGGCUUCAUCCAGAGAGUCCAUCCUCUCAGAGGGCUCAGACAAAGAGAAGAGCUGGUCUGCCAUGCGCCUUUCCUCUGUAACCUCUCCUGUCACUUUAAGCUGCACUAUCUCUGCCUGCUCAUCUGUCCGCUCUGGCAUCUUCUCCCCUGCUGUCGUCCAGUUCAGGAGGCAUUUUCUGGCUCCUGGCACUAGUCUGGUUAACAUCCCUCAAACCUGUUUCUCAUCCUGCGGGAGCCUGUCCUGCUCCGUCUGUCCCCAGUCCCGUCCACGGCGCCGGCCUCCUCUCACCCGACUCUCCCUCCUCACUGCCAUUCUGAGGAAAGGUCGUCUUCCUGUUCUAUCGUCUGCCCUGAAGAGGCCUUACACCCCCUGCUGGCCUGUUAACCCUGUGACCCUGUCCUUCUGUAAAGCCUGUUCUGCAGCUUCCAGUGUGGCCUCCAUUCCCCUGGAGAUUUCCUCACGGUUCCCCUCAUCACCAUCGACAGAUUUUCAAAGCCAGGCUCACAGGAAACCUAAUAGAUCUGUCACUGCUCCUCAACCUCAAGUUAAAAGAUGCUCGGAACAUAUUUGCUCAAGCAGUGUGCCUAGAAGGGAGCAGGUUACAUCACCCCCACCAGUGAAGCGCAACACACUACUCCCACCUCCACUGCCUAUGUUUUGUUCAAACUUCAAAUCUGUUUCUCUACCAAAGCAUGAAGAAAUAUCAGACUGUCCAACUUCCAAUCACACACACAUAUCCAUUUCCAAGUCCCACGAGCUGAAACCCAGCAACCUGCACAUGUACCUCAAGGGCCAUGCAGAUAAUAACCUCAAAGAACUCAUCCCCCCAUCUCCUAAACUUAAUGAGCAAAAAACCUCUGCACCCAAGAAGCAGAGUCACUCGUCUAAUUCAUCUCUUUUAAGGCUUCGGCUGCUUUCUGAACGACUGAGAUCUCCACCGGUCUGCCCUCCUCAGCCUCAGAUUUCUCAAUCAGACCCCCCCGGUGUCGCAGUGUUCUCUGCACACACAGAUGCACCAUCACCUCCGACUCCUUUACAAACCAUCACAGGGAGGUGUGAGUCAGAGAGGAGCUGCCCUGAUUCCAAAGGUUCCACACCGUCUCAUGGCUUUCACAAAGCUCACUGCCUGCCCCCCUCAUGCUACAUACCCAUUGUUUUCCCUGGAUGGCCGUCGCCCACCAGCUCCCCCACGCCUACGCCUUCCCCUGCUCCACCAGUCAGAGAGCUAACCCUGUCCCCUGCUUUCUCCCUGAGCCCCACGCCCUCCCCACGGCCAGGGAGUGGAAUAUCAGACUGCAGUGACAGGGACGGUAAAAAAAGAAAGACACACAAGAUUAAGCCAGGCUACAAAUCGCUCGCUGCAAUUCCCACAAACACCCUUCUGUUGGAUCAGCAGGCGAUUGAUGAGCAGGUAGAGAGAGCAACCAGCUCCUGUGACACGUUGGACAGAAGUGUUUCAGACACCCACAGUGAGAUGUGCUCACCUGCUCAGCUCCGGCAAAAGUCAGAAGAACUUUACACAGUUAUUGAUGAGAUAUUGGCAAAUUCCAUUCCACCAUGCAAAACAUCCCCAUCACCUCAGCUGGCUGGAUCAUCAACGACCAGCGCUGGUUUCCAGCAGAAUAAGUCAUCACUUCCAAAGUCCUUGGGACGUGAAACCAAAUAUGCAUCUAUAUGCAGCUUGCACCCAUCUACUGGUGUGGGAAGAAAGCUGACAGAUCCUAAAACGACAAAGCCGGGCAUUAUUCGCCCAAUGACGGCCAUUCCAAGACUGACAGUGGAGGAUAAAGAAGAAUUUCAUCCAAAGCCGCUUAGGCGCUUUGUUGCAAAGCAGACUUUAACUGACUACAGAAAGGUGGAAAAUAUGCAUCCUGAAGAGGCAGGGAAAGGUUUUUACACAAGUUCCAAAGGUCAAGUAUUGAAAGAAGAGAGGAAGUCAGAAAGAAAAAGUUCAUUCUCAGCAUGUGAUUUGCAGAUUACAGAGCCGGAAGACCAGUCAGUCACUCUAUGAAAGAUGCUACAACGUCGUUAAGUCCUACUCACAGGUGCAUGGAAGCAUUUGAAACACCUGAAUUACUGAAGUACAUCUCCAUAUGUAUGGCUGUGUAGUCUCCUACGAUAAACUGUGGUUUUAGCACUCAAACCAGCUACCACAAAAUUUUCCUGUCUGAAGUGACAAGUGUCAGAAUUGACUGGCUCUAGCCAACUGAUCAGCACCAUCAGUUGGUAGAAAACACCAUCUCUGGCUGAGUUGGCCGGUUUCCUGCAGAUGUAUUUUAAAAUGCAAGUCAACUUGAUGGAUGCAUGCAUGUAUGACAUGCUGAAAGCCUGAAGCUAAGGCCCAUUUACUUUCCCACCUCCGCACAGCUGGCCAAUCAUGACACAAAGUAUGUGUGAAUGUCAGACUGCUGGUUUCGGUUACAAAAAUAGUCAGGCACAGGCCUCAAGAAAGCUGUUGCAGGAUAGGGUUGCCAAAGCUAUUCGCCUAUCUGAUGCCCUGUUGUGAUAUAGUAUGCUAGCACCUUAAAGCCACAUGUCCCAAAGAAAAAGGGCAUCAUCACCAUCACCACCAUGUUUCAUGUAUAGGACUAAAUAAAUAGCACUGUUCUCGUAUUGCAGUGUCAAACUAGUAUUAUGAAUACAAUAAGGAAAAAAUGUAAGGUCGGACUGUUAUUUCAUGUGUCAACGUUACUUGGACAAGCAAAACAGAGGUUCAUGUUAGCUUUAUGCUCUGUUCAUAUUUUAACCAGUAUUGUUGAUGUGUAACAUGGAUAACUAACUGAGGUUAACAGACUGUAAACUUGCCCAAAUUCAUUAAAGAUG